UAUUCUAGAGUGAAUUAGUCUUCUACGAUUUGCAUACAUUUUAAGGAUGUCUCUGUUCUUAAAAUGUCUCCAAAUCGUAGAAGACUAAUUCACUUUAGAAUAUUUGUCUACAGUUAUGAGCAGUUACAGUUUUGACAGUUACAGUUAUAACAGUUACACAGUUAUGACAGUUACAGUUUUCACAGUUACAGUUAACUGGUAAAAAACUGUAACUGGUGCAUACCUAACUACAACUGUCGCACGAUACAAAACUAAACUUACACGUGAAGCGCUGGAAACAAUAUUUUUCGUCUAUCAAUUGGUUAAAAUACGUUUAUAUUUUGGAGAACAUCGGAUUCAACUUCCAUUUUUGAGGCGUUAUCAAAUUAAUCAAUGGACAGAAGAUUCAUUUCAACAGAACUAUGAAUUAUUUGUGCAUUAUUGGUUAAAUCAUAAAGUACGUCAUCAAUGUAUUAAACACUGUACACGAUCACUCACAGGAGAUGGUAUAAUGAAAUUACGUCGUAGAAUCUGUUUUUCUCAUUCAAAAUCAAUCACAACACCAGAAUUCGACUCGAUUCAAUUGUCGAAACAUUUACGUGCAUGUGGAUAUAGUUUAUUGGUCACAAAUUGCGGUAUUAUAAUUGGCUAUGCAGAAAUGUUAAGAAGCGAAGAAACGAUCAAAGUGCUAAUUAAUAAUAUUUGUAAUAUAAUUAAAAUUUCGCCGAACAUUCCGGAUCUUAUUUUUUAUGACGAUGCUUGUCAUCUCGUCAAAUUCAUUUGCAAUCAUUACAGAAAGGAAAUUAAUGAAACUGCAGCAAUGACUUUAUUAUGGAAUAAAAGAUUUCUUAUUGAUAAAUUUCAUUAUCAUAAUCAUGUUGAUCCAUGGUGCAGACGAUACUUGGACUAUCGACAAUUUCCUGAAACAGAAAUUCUAAAUUCACAAUCGUGCGAACAAACCAAUAGUUGGCUUGGCAGAUACAAAUAUAUUGUUUCGGAAAUGAAUUAUAGCAAAGCUAACUCAUUCCUAUUAAUUAUAUUUCAUUAUUAUAAUUUGAAAAAACUAAUUAAUAAUGUCAAAUUAAAUAAUGAUACAAUUUCAAAAAUUAAUGAUGGUAAUAGAGCACAAAUGCCAGACAAUGAUCCACACAACGAUUUAAUAGGAAAUUUAGACUGUGAAUCAUUAGCACAAGAAGCCGAUCAACAAAACUGUUCACUAGGAAAUUUGAGUUGUUAUUCACUAGCACAGGAAGGUGAUCAACAGCAAGAUAUCGAAAUGGACACAGAUGACGAAUAUAGACUAGGUACAUUUCCUUUGUUAAAAAUAAAAAAAUGA